AGCUGAGCACGCUUUGCUUGUUUCAGUAGCUUUCGGAAACUCAACUUUGAUGGAACAAGUGCCAAGCGUUUAGCGGCUUCAAAAGCCAGCGCGUAAGAAAAUUAAUUAAACAAUUAAGAAAGAAAAUAAAAUUGUGUACGCCUAUACAUAUUUGUAUAAACAUACUAUAUAUGUAUGUAUGCGUAUGAACGUAGUUCAUAUAUUUUUAUAAAGAAAUAGUGUUUUUUUUUGUUGUUUGGCUGUAUUCGCUUUGCUAAUUAUGCGCCGCCCGAUGACUUCAACAUGCAGUACACUAAUAAAUAUUUGUUUGAUAUCAUUAUUGGCGGUAUUUAGCAAUCGUUUGGCUCGAGCCCAAUGCGAUUGGACCUGUGAUAAUGGCGAAUGCAUCGAUAGUGAAUUUGUUUGUGAUGGCAUGCGGAAUUGUCGCGAUGGUUCGGAUGAAAGUAUUGAAAACUGUUUCGUCAAUGCGACGUGUCCUUCUUAUGCAUUUCGUUGUGCUUAUGGCGCCUGUAUACAGGGUUCUAAGCGUUGUAACAAGCAACGCGACUGCGCCGAUAACUCUGACGAAUUACCCUUCAUGUGCGAGAUGACGAGGGAUGAAGUGGAAGAAGUUUUACGCGGUAGAUGUGGAGAUUCGGAAAUGCAAUGCGGUACCGGUGAGUGUAUAGAUAGUGAAAAGGCUUGCGAUGGCGUACGCGAUUGCACACUUGGUGAUGACGAGACAUUGGAGAAAUGUGCACCCUUCGGAUGUCCAUCGUACGCACACAAAUGCGCCUAUGGCGGAUGCAUUGCAGGCAAAGCCGCCUGUAAUGGAACCGUAGAGUGUCUGGACGGCUCUGAUGAAUCGUAUGCGCUGUGCGGUGGAAAGCGAAAAAAUUCGAGUACCACUGGAGCGGGCAUGGUUUAUUUCCCAACAGAUAGAACUAUGGCUGCUACAACAACAAAGGCGCCAACAAAACCACCAGCCACAUACGCCGACCCCGAAUUAACUUUGCCGGUUAACGAUAGAUGUAAAAUACCGGAAAGUCUUGCAAAUGUAAUUAUCAGAGACGAAUUGCGUGGCACAACUGUGAGAGUCGGCGCAAAGGUGCCGACAAAUACAAUUGUCAGUUUCGCUUGUCAGCCGGGUUUCUACUUAGUGGAUGGUGUUAAGCAAAUGUAUUGCCAAAACCGAGGCUGGCAGAGCAAUCUGCCGAGUUGUACUAAAUUCUGCAAUGCAACCGUGCUGCAAGAAGGCGUUUCAACAAAAGCUAUUUGCUACACCGACGAUGGGCUUGUGCCAUGUAAAAAUAUUCAACCGGGCACACGUGCCGAUAUCCGAUGUGAGACGGAGUAUCGAGUCAGGGAAACAUGGCGAGAUACAACCAUGCAGUGCACCAACGAGUAUAAGUGGAAUAAACCAAAAUACUCAUGUCAAAUGCGUUGCGGCUAUGUACAAUUGCCGUCGAUAGCAUUCGCCAGUCAAGGACGCAUGGUUAAUGUAACGGAAGCACCCUGGCAUGUGGGUAUCUACAGUAAAUUUAAUGAAAAGGAUUUUAAGCGCACUUGUGGUGGAUCCAUAGUUUCGGCGCGCAUUGUUGUUUCAGCUGCACAUUGCUUCUGGGACGAAGCCAACUUGGAAAUAUAUCCAACGAGACUAUACAAAGUCUCUCCUGCACAACUAAUAUCCGUUUAUAUCAUCAAUGAAGGCUCUGAUGUUACUGAGAUAUAUGUGCCAUCAAACUAUAAAGAUCGCGUUGGCUAUUAUGAGGAUGAUCUGGCAAUCGUUAGACUGGUGCAGCAAUUCAAAUUUAGCGACACAAUUAAGCCAAUAUGUUUUGAAUACAAAAGGCUGGCCGCUGCAAGCAUAGAAACUGGAGAAUUGGGUUUCAUUGUCGGUUGGGGG